UUGUGAUCAGGAUCCUCACUCCUCUUGUCUCCUCCUCCUCAUAGAUUGUAAGCUCUUGUGAUCAGGAUCCUCACUCCUCUUGUCUCCUCCUCCUCAUAGAUUGUAAGCUCUUGUGAUCAGGAUCCUCACUCCUCUUGUCUCCUCCUCAUAGAUUGUAAGCUCUUGUGAUCAGGAUCCUCACUCCUCUUGUCUCCUUGUGGUGUCCCGGUACCGCAUUACAUACCGUACCUUGUAUGGUGGUCCCCAAAGUCAGAGAUACUAUGUUCAGGUUCCUAUAAGGUGUCAGGACGUGGCGGUGUAUUUCUCCAUGGAGGAGUGGGAGUAUGUAGAAGGACACAAGGAUCAGUACAAGGAUCAGGUGAUGAUGGAGGAUCAGCAGCCCCUCACAUCAGCAGUCAGAUCCAGUAAGAGAACAGCAGCAGAGAGGUGUCCCCGUCCUCUUCUUCCACAGGAUCAGGAUCAGCUGAUGAAUCAGAGUCAAGAUAACAGCAAUAUUUUUGCUCUAGACAUAAGGAUAAAAGAUGAGGAAGAGACAUAUGUGAGCGGUGAUGAGCAGUAUAAGGAGGACAUUCCUACAGGAAAAGUUCUGAUCUAUGUUAAUGAUACAGACAUAAAGGAAGAAGAGACAGAUGUGAGAGGUGAUGAGCAGUAUAAGGAGGACAUUACUACAGGGAAAGAUCUAAUCUAUACUAAUGUUACAGUCAUAAAGAAAGAAGAAGAGACAGAUGUGAGCGUUGAUGAGCAGUAUGAGGACAUACAUACUGGGAAGGAUCUGAUCUAUACGAAUGCUACAGACAGAAAGGAAGAAGAAGGGACAGAUGUGAGCGGUGAUGAGCAGAAUAAGGAGGACAUUCCAAAAGGGAAAGAUCUGAUCUAUAUUAUUGCUACAGACAUAAAGGAAGAAGAAGAGACAGAUGUGAGCGGUGAUAAGCAGUAUAAGGAGGACUUUCCUACUGGGGUAAAAGAAGAAGACGACGACGAUGAUGAUGAUGAAGAAACCGAUGUGAGCGAUGAGUACACUCCUACAGGUAACUGCCCAGAUAUUAAAGCAGAUGAUGAUAUCAAAGAAGAUACUUAUGAAGAACAUUCCAUUAUCCCAGAUACACCCUCAGCCCUUCACAGCCUAGAUCUGUCUUCUCAUUCAUCACAGGCGGUUAAGCAAAAGACAAGUGGCAAAAGGAGAGUUAAACAGAAAAGAGCUCACAAAGAGAAGAAGCCAUUUUUAUGUAAAGAAUGUGGGAAAAUUUUUACUGCAAAAUCAUCUCUUCUUGAUCAUCAGAGAAUACACACGGGAGAGAAACCAUUUUCUUGCCCAGAAUGUAAGAAGAGUUUUCCUUGGAGAAACUCUCUUAUCGAACAUCAGAGAAUUCACACAGGGGAGAAGCCAUUUUUAUGCCAAGAAUGUGGUAAAAGUUUUAUUCGAAAAAAAGAUCUUGCCGAUCAUAAGAGAUCUCACACAGGGGAGAAGCGAUAUUCAUGCUCAGAAUGUGACAAAAGUUUUACAAUGAAAUCAUAUCUUGUUCAGCAUCAGAAAACUCACACAGGAGAGAAGUCAUUUUCUUGUCCAGAAUGUGGGAAAUGUUUUCCUUACAGAUCAUCCCUUCAUGAACAUCGAAAAAUACACACAGGGGAAAAGCCAUUUGCAUGCAAUGAAUGUGGAAAAUCUUUUGUUCGGAAAACGUAUCUUGACAUUCAUCAGAAAAUUCACACUGGGGAGAAGUCACAUUCCUGUUCAGAAUGUGGAAAAUCUUUUACCCAGAAAUCAAGUCUACUCCUACAUCAAAGAAUUCAUACUGGGGAGAAAUCAUUUUCGUGCGAAGAAUGUGGGAAAUCAUUUUCUAGGAAAUCAAAACUGGCAAGACAUCAAAUAGUUCACACAGGAGAGAAGCCAUAUUCUUGUUCAGAAUGUGGAAAAUGUUUUAGUGACAAAUAUUGUCUUGUUAAACAUCAAAAAAUUCACACAGGGGAGAAGCGGUCUUAAUUACAAGAAUACAGGGAGUGUUUUAGUCACAAAUCAACUCUUUUUGGACAUCAGAGAAUUUACAUGAGAGAAGCCAUUUUCAUGCCCAGAAUGUGGGAAAUAUUAUUUUUUAUUUUUCAAAUUCAAAAAGAGUUUAUUUAAUAAACCGGGAAUACAAUGGCAUAAGUGGGAAAUAUUUUAAUCAAAUAUCACAUUUUAUUAACCAUAAGAGAAUUCACACAGGAAAAUAAUAAUAAUGAUCAGAAUGUGGGAAAGGUUCUAUCCACUAUCACAUUUUAUUAACCACUUGUGGACCACCUGUUGUCUAUAAAUAUCGAGGCGGUCCACUAUUACCUUCCUAAAAGCUGCAAGAGACUAAAGCCAACAGAGGGGCUCCCCCAGAGGAAAAGCCAGGGACUGUUUAAUUCCAUCCCCGCCUCCCCGAUUGCUUUAUACGCAGCACCAAUAAAUACCAUCAAUACAGCUCAGCAGGUGCCAUAAGUGAUCACCCGGUGCUGGGCCUAACAAACUUGGAUCAGCUCUGCUUUAAGUAUAGGGGCGGCUGUAUUUCUACCUGUAAGGCUAGGUUCACAAUGGGGAGAUUCCAAGUGCGGCCAGCGCCAAUUGAAUCAGUCGGCGCUAGGACCGCACGGACAUUGCAGUCCCCAAUAGACUGCAAUGUGUUCCGCGAGUAUUUCUGCUUCAAAAAUGAGCAACGCCUUUCUUAAGGCGGAAAUUUAAAAGCAGAUUUUCCGUUCAAAAAUUCCGAAGUGUGAAUUGGUGAAUGGAAAACCCAUUCACUAUACAUUUUAGUAAGCAGAAUUUUUGCAUUUACAAAUCAAAGCGGAACUGCAGGCAGAAAUUCCGUAGUCUGAACCUUUCCUCACUGUGGCUAAUAUGUCAGCCCCAGUUAUAGGAGCAAUCAACAAAAAAUGCUCCAAAAUGUACAGUAAAAAAAAAAAA